AUGACAAGGCUCCGCGGAGGUUCUAUCGAUGACCCAGGCAUCGCGCGUUCCCCCGGGCAAACUCACAGUUAUCGGUCAAAACUCCCACCAAACGCACCGGAUGCGCUCAUACACAACACUAUCGAGGUAUCCGACCCCUCAAGGGUCCUUCCACGAUAUCGUGAUGAUCGAAGGCGAAAAUUCAACGGCUUGGUGCGCAGGUACAAAGCUCAACUGCUUCACGGCUGCGAUGAUCCCGGAUGUCGAACCGCCACAUGUGCCAGUCAUCGCAGAAGACUCAGUGAAGCUCCAUAUCGUCGAUACACGGAACUGAGUGCGAGGACCUUGGCAUGCUACCUCGCCAGCUUGGAUGACGCGGAGACCGGUUUAUGUCUGAACGUGCCUAAACCUCCACCACAAUUGACAGCGGAAGAUUAUCAUCGGAUUUCCCUGCGGCGAACACGUACACUUGAAGCACAGACGGCAGCGGCUAACAGAUCACCAAAUCCCGAUCAGGACGAUGAAGGCCACUCCGCUCACAACGCGUCCAGACCUGGGCAAAACAGAUCAGUCGCCUCGAAAGUGAAAGAAGAGGCUUUCUCGCCUCAAAUUCGUGCCGGUGGCAGCUAUAUUCAAGACCUCGACCAUACCGCCGAGCAACAACUAAAAGACCCCAAGUCUUUUACACAGAACCUCUUUGAUACAAUUUCGCUCCGUAUGGUUGAAUGGCUUCCUCUUCGCCGUGCCCCAGAUACAUUGGAGCCAGCAUCCAAAUCACCCGCACCGGGACCGGCGAAACCCGAUUGCGAUGCCGACAAAGUUCCAGGCAGAGAUCUCAAAACCCCAGGCAGUUCCACACUUGCACACCAACCAGGCUCUCAGCCACGUACUCCUUCGUCACGAUCAUCGGGAUCUCAGCCCUCCGCGGUCGAGCUCAAGUUUCAGAACCAGCAUGUCAAGCGACUCUCAGUCUCCGAGAUUGACCAUUGGCGCCAGAGUCCACGUUCCAGCCUUGACGAUAAAAGGAAGCCAGAAUUCAACAAGAAGCUCCCAAUGACUUCUUCUGAUGAGUUCAUCAGCUUACCCUCACCACCAGCGUUAAAGCACCGUCCGCAAAAGCACCGCGGAAGAAUUGGGGACGUCGAUCCAGUUCCUCUCAAGGAACAGCGAAAAAGUCAACGGCGUGUCUCCUGGGACAGCCAGAAGCUGCUGGGUGAGGUAUCUCCUAUCAAUAGUACGGCAAGCACGGAGCUCAUACCUCCUCUUCCUUCCGUUGCCCAAUCUUCCAGCGAGUACAAGAUAACGCAAGCUCCUGCCAAAAACUCGCUAGACACAGUCCCGCUGGCUCAGACGGUCACUCAUCUUACACCCGAAAUCAUCAAUGGUCUGUCACAAGUCAUGAUUGAGUCUGCGGAAGACGCCGGUUGCUGGGAGGAAGAGCUUGAUCGUAUCCAGUGCGCUGGCAGUUUUGAGCAGCCGGACUGGCGUUUCGCUACUCUACGUCAGCGUGAGGUAUUUCCGUUCGUUGCUCAAAGUGCAUUUUUCGUGUUCAGCAGCCCCAGUCAGAUCUUGCGCUCCUUUGGUAGCGAAUCAACGGAUAUGAUCGGGGCUACUUCCAGUCGUCUUGAUAUUUCCAAUUUGCGGUUAUCACUGCAGCGCUUAUUUACAAUUUGCCCAUGGGAUAUUACACUACACAGCCUAUGGAGCUCCCUGGACAAGCUCUUUGUUCCCCCGCGGGAAUUUACCUCUUCUGGACGGCCAUCCCGCCGAUCUUCUCGUAGUUCGACCAUGACAGGAGCUGUGCCCCCUCCAGUCGUUCCCCGACGAAUGUCUGAGACUGCCAAUGAAGAUCAUCUGUCGGAUUCGGAUGCUGCCUAUAUUGCCACGGUUGUCUUGUUCGCUUUGGUCAGCUUUGUGCCUAAUAUUGACUUGGGAACUUGGAAAGCGGUGGUUCGGAUGCGUGCCGCUGGGUCUGUUGCUUCACUAUCAGACAUGCGCAAGCUGCCUCCGAAGAAUGCUCAGCAAGCCAUCGAGGUGACGGACAGAUUGGAGCACGAGUUAGGCCUCCGCCUCAUUAAUCGCCUCGUGCGGGCCCUCACUGCACGACUGGCAUACCAUGAAAUAUCCAAGGCUCGCCAAGCAUACAGCCUGGACCUACCAAAACAGGGAAGACUCAGCGUCUUAGACCGCGUGAUUGACUAUCUUAGUGAGCACCACAUCUCUCAUACUGCUGGCAGCGAUGAGCCAGGUGAGUCCAUUAGCCCAGCCUCUCUUAUUGUUGAGUGGCUUCGGACUCUUUUCCUGCGUGAAUGGGACGGCAACCCUGAAAUGGCUCGUAGCAGCCCAGCCGGUGGUGCGGUUCAUAUUCUAGCCUCAAUGUACAAGGAACGAAACCGGUUAGGUCUGUUACCCGAAGACUUCCAUACACCUCUUCUCACAGAGCGGCUGGACCCUUUGGAUAUGCCCGUGGCAUGGGCUGGGGGCGUCCCCAACAACCGAACGAUGCAUCUGCUAUCAUACUCCUUCCUUUUCCCUCCAUCCUCUCUCGUGAUCUACUUCCGUGCUUUGAACUAUUCCGCCAUGACCAAAUCCUAUGAGGCUGCUAUGACCACCACGAGGCAUGUCAAUCAGACUGCCUUCGGCGCUAUUCAAAUUUCCGAUGAUCCUCGACUCCCCGCCGGCAUGAGAACAUCCAUGUCGACUUACCUUGUUCUCGUUGUCCGCCGAGAUAAUAUUCUCUCCGAUGCCUUGAGCCAAUUAUGGCGGCGUGAAAAGCGCGAACUGAUGCGACCCCUGAAGGUACAAAUGGGCAUGGAUGAAGGAGAAGAAGGGCUUGACCAUGGUGGUGUUCAACAAGAGUUCUUCCGUUUGCUCAUGGGUCAAGCCUUUGACCCAUCUUAUGGCAUGUUCACAUUUGACACUCGACACCGCAUGUCUUGGUUCCAACCGUGCUCAUUGGAACCUCUCUACAAGUUCGAACUUGUUGGUCUGUUGAUGUCUAUUGCCAUUUACAACGGCCUGACCCUCCCUGUGAACCUGCCCACCGCCUUCUACCGCAAAGUGCUGGGCCUGAAGGUGAAGCAUCUGGACCACAUUCGAGAUGGAUGGCCGGAGCUUAGCCAAGGGCUGGAUACAUUAUUGGCAUGGAAAGAUGGCGAUGUCGGCGAUAUUUUCACGCGAACUUACGAGUUCAGCUUCGAAGCCUUUGGAAGUAUAGAGACAAUCGAUAUGCUGAAGGUUAAUCGGGAUGCGCCGUGGCCUCUUGCUAGCAAAAUCACCACCCCGGCUCCGGCUCCGGCUCCGGCUCCUAUCGCAGGCUCUAGCGCUUGGAUAGAUGCGCCAGCUUACUACGACCCUCCAAUAUUGAGCUCAACAACCUCCAUGGCAGUUGAGGAGGCUACCGGUGUCACAUCCCGUGAGCCUGCCUCAGGCAUGACCCCCAAGUCGGGGCCUGAGUCUGUAUCACUUCAGCCCCCUCUACUCCCAGCUGAAGAGGCCGCGCUUGUGACCAAUAAAAAUCGACACCAGUUUGUUAAAGAUUACAUCUUCUGGCUCACAGGCAAAUCCAUUCGACCACAGUUUGAAGCCUUCCAGAGGGGUUUCAACACGUGCCUGGAUCGAUCGGCUCUGUCCAUCUUCUCCCCAGAAGCCCUCAAAACCGUGGUAGAAGGUAUCCAAUCUAUUGACGUAGAAGAGCUCGAGAAGCACACCCGGUACGAGGGUGGAUUUGGGCCUGAUCAUCGUGUCAUUCGUGACUUCUGGGAUAUUAUCCAAGAAUACCCCAAUGAAAAGAGGGCCCAGUUACUCGAAUUCGUCACUGCUAGUGACCGAGUCCCCGUCAACGGAAUCUCAAGUAUUAUGUUUGUGAUUCAGAAAAAUGGCGUUGGAGAUUUACGUCUUCCUACCAGCUUGACGUGCUUCGGACGUUUGCUUUUGCCAGAGUAUUCGUCAAGGGAGGCCUUAGCGAAGAAGCUGGACAAGGCUCUCGAAAAUGCCCAAGGAUUUGGCGUUGCAUAA